ACUGGUUGGUCGCUCGGUUAGUGUUGUCAUCGACGCGGCACGUGUGAACGAGCCGAAGAAAAUAGUUACAAAAUGUUGCGGCGUGAGGUUCGUCUCAGGAAGGAGUACCUGUACAGGAAGGCCCAGGAGGACAGACUGCGCUCCAUAGAGGAGAAGAAACAGAAACUCAAAUCUGCAUUAGAUGAUAAUCGUCUGAUACCUACCGAGAUCCGCAAACAGGCCUUGGAUCUGCAGAAGCAACUGGAGUUUGACGACGAGGGCGGAGAUGGCGUCAGCUCGCAUAUGGACGACGAGUACAAGUGGGCCGGAGUGGAAGACCCGAAAAUCAUGGUGACGACUUCCAGAGACCCGAGCUCCAGACUCAAAAUGUUUGCCAAGGAAGUGAAGCUGAUAUUCCCAGGGGCCCAGCGCAUGAACAGAGGAAACCAUGAAGUUGACACGCUAGUGCAUGCAUGCAAGGCCAAUAACGUGACGGAUCUGGUGAUAAUACAUGAGACCAGAGGACAGCCGGACGGAUUGAUCGUGUGCCACUUGCCUUUCGGACCGACGGCGUAUUUCACUCUGUACAACGUGGUGAUGAGACACGACAUCCCAGACAUCGGCACCAUGUCCGAGGCCUUCCCUCACCUCAUCUUUCACAACUUCAGCUCUCGCCUCGGCAGACGUGUUUCCAACAUCCUCAAAUACCUGUUUCCUGUUCCCAAAGAGGACAGCAGACGUGUUAUUACAUUUGCCAAUCAAGAUGAUUUCAUCUCUUUCAGGCACCACGUUUACAAGAAAACGGACCACAAGAACGUGGAGUUGACUGAAGUUGGACCCCGGUUUGAAAUGAAACUGUACAUGAUCAAGCUGGGCACUCUGGAGAACGAGGGCACGGCGGAAGUGGAGUGGCGUCAUCACGCCUACACGCGCACGGCCAGAAAGAGGAAGGUGUUAAGUGUGGAGUAAACACGCGUCAUUCUGGAUGUUGCAAAAAGGACUCCUUUUUGUGGGUUUAUCGCUCUGCUUUUCACCGAAUUAUCUCAGUGAGAUCUGCGUGUACAGGGAAGAGUGUAUGGAUUUCGGGGUUGUUUUUUUUAUUUUAUUUUUUAUUACAGAAGACGAGACGUUUAUUGCUUUGUGAUGACAGAAUGUAAACAGAUAUGUACAGACUUUCAGAUGAUCUCUCAUUGAAACGAUUUAUAAUUUUCCAUCGCAGGACCUGUAUGGAGUGUAAGAUACUCAAUACUUCAGUAUUUAUUCAUGUCUUUGAGGUUCCUGUAAAUAUUUGAUGGCAUACACAGAGGUGACCAAGGUGUGGCACAAACGAGGGCUUUGUAGCAGUCAUGCUGAGCGAUUGAGUCCCUUAAAUAAGGAAUGAAACUUUUUUUUUUAAUAUGAAAGUUGAUUAUUUUCCAACAACUGCACAUAUCUCAGUUUCUCUCUCUCUCUCUCUCUCACUCAAUGUCUCCCUCUCUCAAUCUCUCCCUCAGUUCUCAGUUUAUAAAACUACAAACACAGCUCGUAAUUUCACAGAGAAACCAGAAAGCACAAAGUCUUCCAUCUUGGAAACCUUUCUGACUGUUACACAGCACUGAAACUGGAGACUCCUUCCAUAAAUUUUAAAACAUCAUCUUGCCGAAAACACAACCACCAUCGAUUAAAAUCAACAGAUUCUGACCAAUUACAAUCCAGAACUCAACAGCACGGUGUUAUAAAUCUCCUAAAAAACUAAACUGUUUUGUGAAAUCUGUUUCAAUCCGAUCGUUUCAUAUCGGUCUCUUUGUACAUGAUGUGUCUCUGAUCCGUGCUACAAUAAAAAUACAAUGUGUGAAAGUUUUUUCUUAGUUUUCUUACCGAGAACAUAUCCCUUUUACCCUUUGUAUCAGCGAUUGAAAAAAAUAAA